AAAUGCCGAGACAAGGAACGAGAUCUGAUGGAGAGGAAUCGGGAGAAAAACGAAGGGAGAAUUGGAGGACGGACAAAAAUCGGCCCAACAAAAGAUCCAACAAAAACACGGAUCUUUAUACUGAAUCACCAAGCAAGAAGAUGAAAAGUGGCCCAACAUCAGGUACUCCAGAUAUGGCUCGAUCGAUGGACCGAGAUAAUCCAGAUUUGGUUCAAUCGAUUAAACUAGUGGCCGAAGGAGUGAAUGAUGUGAAGACCAUUCUCGAAGCAGUUUUAGAAGAAAAACGUGAAGGUCCGAGCCUUAGUUCGAGUCGUAAUCAGACACUGCAUGGGGGAGAGGCUCAAGACAUAGAAGAGCAUGUUCUUGCCAUGCUACCAAUUUCGUCGAAAGAAGACUUGAAGCAUUAUGACGAAUUUCUCGGAUAUCGUGAUUAUCGAAAAGCUCUGAAUCUUCAGAUGUUAACAGUGUACACGGACCAACACGUCAGCAACACGGACCAACACGUCAGCUACAAGGACCAACACGGACCAACACGUCAGCAACCCGGGAACUACACGUCGCCAACACGGACCAACACGUCAGCUACACGGACCAACACGUCAGCAACACGGACCAACACAACACGGACUGCCAAGGAUACUCCAGGCAGCCACACGGCAGCUACACGGACCUACACGGCAGCCACACGGACCAUCCCCGAUGGCUUUGCCAACCCGGCAGUCCACGGAUGA